UCGUGAAGAUUUCGUGAAUGCUGCACACUCACUUUGCGUAUUCAGUGAAAUCUUGGUGGCAGCAACCGGCCAUUGUCGCAAGCCUGAUGUCAGAUCUCCGUGCGGACACUCCUUUAUGCUCCACUGUCCCUUUGGAUCUUGCUGCUGUUCCCAGUUUGGGCCCUCUCGACCUCCCACGUCCGUCUCCAACUCAGUUGUGUCAUAUUCUCGUAGCUUGACAAUCGAGGAUGAAGGGCAUCCACGCAAACAAUGCCAUCAAGGCGGUUGUCAUUCUUGUGGUUUUCCUCGCCUUCUUUCUCUUUCGCUCUCAGAGGCUGCCAGAUGCAGUGUCGACUAACUCCACUGAGUACCCAGCGCCGAUUACUUCGGCUGUCAAUUCAGUCGCGACUACUGCGACAGAGGACACAAAGCCUGCGCCCGUUGUGGAGCAGAAGGCAGCUGUUCCCUUGCAUACUGCAGGAUGUCCGCUCGUGUACAACGAACCUGGUCACUUUACAGCGAGUCAAAUUGGUAGAGUACGUGCUGUGGAGCCACAGGGGGGUAGCAGCAGAUGCCAGGCGGAACUCAUCAGCUACUUGAUAAGGACGGUCAAUGUUGCGCCCGAGGAGCAGCCGCAGUUGGCCUUCGACCAGAUGCUUUGGAUUGGAGUUACUGUGUCGACGUCCGCGAUGAUGGUGUCGAGUUUGCCUAGUUGUUCCGAGGGGGACGGCGUGUGCGCUCACAAUUUCCUCGUGUGGGGCAUGGGCCGGGACAGUCAUGUUUGGAUGAAUGCGAACUGCCUUCCGGAUGCUGCGACGGCCGGGGGCAAGAUUCGCACGCGCACGGUUUUCCUUGAGAACAGUGAAACGUGGGUCAAAAUGGUGCGGGAGAAACUCCCCACCAUGGAAGGCUAUCUUGUGGAAUACCACGCAAGGCUCAGUGAAGCAUAUAAAUUCUUUGACAAUCCGUACGUGAUGGAGGUCCCCGCAAACAUGAAGAACACAUGCUUCAAUGUCGUCUUGGUUGAUGGCCCUCCAGGUUUCCUGAACGAGCACCCCGGUCGAAUGGAGGCUUCGUACUGGUCACUCAGCAUGGCAAAGCGUUGCCUGAUGGAGAAGAAGCUCGACGUCGUACACAUAUUUCUGCAUGAUGUCCAGAGACCGUUGGAAUCCGCUAUCAUGGCCAAGUUCUUUUCACCAAAUUCACAAUUCCUGGGAUUCAUCGCUGGCUUCUACGGGGAACUGGCGGGUUUUAGGCUGACCAGGUCCACUCUACAAGCUUAAGCUGGUCUCAAGUUGUAGCAGAUUGGGAAUGCGCGCUAGAGAGAGAGAGCGAGAGAAAGAGAGAGAGAGAGAGAGAGAGAGAGAGAGAGAGAGAGAGAGAGAGAGAGAGAGAGAGAGAGAGAGAGAGAGAGAGAGAGNAGAGAGAGAGAGAGAGAGAGAGAGAGAGAGAGAGAGAGAGAGAGAGAGAGAGAGCAUGGGGUUGGAUUCAGUUAGCAAAUAGAUUGUCGUAUUUCCUGUUUUGUUUUGAUAAUCCAAGCAAAUAGAUUCAUCGCUUUCUCGACCUUUUGUCGAAGAUCAAGUGUAGUAUCUGUUCUGAUCAGUUUAAUAUCUGAUCCAUAAAAAGAAAAAGGAAUCCAGUAUAAAAUGCCUCCAAAAAGAAUAAAGGAUAGAAGCAAUUUCUGUGUUGUUGCCUGCUCCCGUUCAGCAUCUGUGGAUAGAUGCACAAAGUCUGUGUCCCAACACUGGGGCUGUGCUGUUGGGACACUGGGGUGCCGCUUUCGGAACACAUGAUAGGUUACACCUUGUGCUUCAGACCUCCACCUCUUUCAGGCCUGUAUUUUUUACCCCCCUUUCUCCGCAGAAGCACCUGGCAAAGCACGUGGCUACCGCGGCAUCGCCAGUUCAACAUGUGUGUGUAUGUGUGUGUGUGUGUGUGUGUGUGUGUGUGUGUGUGUGUUUUACCCCCCUCUCAUUACUGGAGGAGAGAGUGUGGGCCUCACCCUCCUCUCCAGCCAUGCUUCUACCGUUGUGCAGAAGGUCCCAUGGUUAUAUGUGGCUGGGGGCCUGUGUUAUUGCCCCCCCCCCCCCCCCCUUCCUUGUGCACGCAUGCCUGUCGUUUUGGUUCUUAGCAUCAAGCGUCUGCUUGAGUUCUUCCCAGGCCUUCUCUGGGGGAACCUGCUGCAGGUCUAUAGUUUCUUUGCGCCUCCUUUUCCAUAUUGCCCACAGAGUAAGAGGGUGAAGUCUGCUGUAAAGAAUUUGCAACCCAUUUUUCCAGGCCCGUAGGUUGUGUGCGGCGAGUGAGGAGGGUGAAGGUAUCGUCAGUUAGCUCCUUGCCCGAGGAUCUGUUCCACAGUUCCGGGGUGUGUCUCCACAGUUGCUGGGCCUUUGAGCACCCCGGUAGGCAGUGGAAUAUGUCCUCAAGCUCUCCCCUACUGCAGAUCACAGAGCACUCGUCCAAAGGGCGCCUGUUGGCUUGUGUCCUGCGGUUACUUAAACACUUUGCUGGCCGGCAGCGCCUGGUAGGUGAUGAGCCAUUGCAUGCUCCUGACUCUCGUGUUGCAAAUCGCCAGCACCGCGCCCCAGGGUAUCUUGGCUAGCCAUCUUAGGGUCCCCAGUAGGCUCUUCUCCCAGGGCAAGGCGAGGGUACUUUGGCAUGCUCGCCGAUCUCGGAUCUCCGUCUCGGAUAGCCCGGCUUGGUAGAGUAGACCAGGAGACCGACACGUCUCUCAAUCCCCCUCACCGAAGUUGAGAGCUUGCAGGCCAAUUCUACUGGAUCAAUCUCGAGGUCGGGGGUCAGUGUCGUUGGUUCGAGGACCCUGUAUUCGUUGUCCUCCAGGACUCUCACCUUUCUAAGCCGGUCUAUCUUUGCUGCAAGCUGCGUUCGACCGCACUUGUUCACCCUGCUGACCGUCCGUCUGACUGGCCUGCUCGAUUUCAUGGACUCCCAUCAGUGCCCACUCUCCCCGGGACCCCAUUCUGUUAAUGAAGGACACGGCCACCGAGGCGGGGGGGGGUCUUCCCAGUCCCCCUUUGCCCAUUCCCCUGCUGUCCAUUUGACUCCCCUUGUGAGCAGAUUUGCCAUUGUGGGGGGAUAGAGAGGAGCCGCUCGUUCAGGUUCUGCUGGAGGUUGUGGCAGCCUCUCAGCACCUCGCACAGUUCUGUGUGUAUUUUCCAUCGCUUGUGUGCCUCGUGCCAAAUGUAUAUAACCUGCCAAACGCCGUGGCCCAUUUUCCGUCGUGAGCCGUCAGUGUCCAGGGCUUUGGGGCUCUAUCCUGAAUCCAUUGGUUGCAGAAGAGGGGCUGUCUGAGCGCCUCUUUUGUGGUCGCGUGCCCAAUACUUGCAGCUCGCAGACGAGCGUUGCUGCUCCUGUUCUUGGUCCUGAUUCAUUGCUAACUCCCUUUCUUCCAGCCCAGGAUUUCGAUAUGAUGCAGAGGAGGCCCCACAUAGUAAGGGGCAUGUGAAUGGCGGGCAGCUGCCUGAUUCUGUGCAAAGCCAGGGAAGUCCAAGGCAGGUUCCGGCAGACUGCUAUAAUGUGCUAUGGUGUGCUGUGUGGUCAGUAUGUGCUAUGUGGUGGUAUGGUGUGCUAUAUGGACUGCUAUGGUGUGCUAUUGAUUGUGUAGUUAGUAUGCGGUAUGGUGGUGCUGUGUGUUGCGCCUGCUAUGUAAGUGCCAAAUUUGUAUUACUGAGCACAUGCCAGACAUUAUGGUCUUUUUUUUUGCCCAAGUGGUGUGCUCUCGACUAUGUACAAUCUACUUUAUACUAUGUCCUAUGUCCCAUGUACUAUGCCCUAUUCAUUCUGGCUUGUGCUGCUAUGUACUAUGUACUAUGCACUAUAUGUCCUAUGUCCCAUGUACUAUGCUCUAUUCAUUCUGGCUUGUGCUGCUGUGUACUAUGUACUAUGCACUAUGUACUCAUUCUGGCGUGUGCUGCGAUGUACUAUACUAUGCUCUCUGUACUAUGUCCUAUUCACUGUGGCUGUGCUGCUAUGUACUAUGUGCUGCGAUGUACUAUACUAUGCUCUCUGUACUAUGUCCUAUUCACUGUGGCUGUGCUGCUAUGUACUAUGUACUAUUCAUGUUGCUGGAUGCUGGAGCACUGCUCCACUUCGCACUGGAGGAGAAGGCUGAUGCAAGGGAAGAAGAAGACUGUGUCAGCCAGGAGAGGAUACCGAGACAGUAGCCAUAGCUAUAGUAGGUCGCCAAGUGCCAUAGCUGAAGAGUAGAGGAAGAGCGAGGAAGACAGUGACCAGGACUUGUGAGGAGAGAGACAGAGAGAGAGAGCUAAGGAAGCUUACCUUGGGUUACCUGUUGUCACUGCUAACAGUGAGGCAGUGUUUGCACUCGAGGACUGGAGGUGACAUGGGCCAACCUCCAUAGCCGAGCUUCGUUGCUGGAGAUUUGGUGCCUGGUCAGACAGCCGAAAGAAGACUUCAUCACUAUAGUCAGAGUAUAGUCGGCGAGGAUGACACUAUAGUCAGAGUGUAGUCAGGGUGGAUGAGCAUGGUGAGGAUGCGAGUUGUGGAGAGGAGAUCCCGUAGAAGAAGUGGGAACUGAAUAGCCGGUUCAAUUGUACGUUUGUAACUAAUGCUCAGAUCGCAAGUCGUCUUUUUGUCUUUUUCCUUUUUUUUUUUUUUUUUUUUUCGGCACAAGCGUGCUCCUUUUUYUUUCCAGCAGUCCAGCUUAACACACGCAGCGGGUUAUCAUCGGCAUAAGUACACAUCUUUUUCCUUUUCUGUUUUGAUAUCUGUAAAAUUGUUUCCUCUUUCUUUUUUUAUUAUUAUUUACUGUUAUAUGUGUGGGAGCCAUCUCUUUCAGCGGCCGCAGACAGCCCGUGGCUAUAUUGCUGUCAGCUGUGCAGGCAAUACCUCCGGAUAGAAGGCUUUGAUUGCGCGCGGAGGCCACCUUUAUUCUUCUUCGCGUCUCUUUUUUUCUCUGUUUGCAGUCGGCCUCCCUCUGACAGUUUGAAAUCUGUAUACAACGAUAAAGCUCUUCCUGUUGG